AUGGCCGAGCAUGCUGCCCAUAGUAUGUUGGACCUCAGCGAGACCGGCAGUCUGGAGCAUCUAGCCGGGGGAGGCCACACUCCCCAGACGCUGUCAGACCUGAACGCUUCUGGGCGGGUCCCAGGUCAGUCUGUUGACUCUGCUGCUUCCAAUGGGGUUAGGCGACAGCAGCAUUCGGAAGAUAGGAUGUCUGUUUUAUCCGACGGUAGCGCCUCCAUGAGGCAGAUGAGUAGCGAUCGGGACAUGAUGGGUGGGGGCAGCAGCAAUACUAAUGGUAAUGGGCUAGUUAGUCGCCCUCUUUCGGUGCUUGGUGGAGGUUCGUUACCUGACAGACAGAAUCAACCGGUGAGGAAUUUAACACCUGUGGGGUUAGAUGGUCGAGGUGGGCAGCACGGUGGCUUGGGAGCUUCGAUGAAUAGCGAUGGGCGUGGAAGUGUAGGGCUUGGCAACCAGAACCUAUCUAGCGGAGGAGGCUCUGGGAACGGAAUGCAAGAAUCUCGUAAUUCAGCCUCGCAGUCUCUUGGAUACAGCCCGGCGCAAUCAUCUAACUUAAUGAACUCAGUUCCAAUUAUUCCACGAAGAGGACGGCCGCCCACCUUGAGCUCAGCUCACCAGCAUCUAGGAUCAGUCGACCAGCAUCGUGGAGGACAGUCCUUACCUCUGCAUAUGAGAGGCCUCUCUGACCACCAAGGCCACUCACACCAGAGCCUGGUGGAGCAUCACAGCCAGCAGCAGAACCUUGGAGGCGACAACAACUCCAACAAUCACAACGGCCGGAACGGCAUUUCCGCCUUCGGGAUGGACAAUAACAACGGCCAGCUUCAUUCAAGACCCGGGUCCACGUUGUUAUCCGAAGCCAGUAACCAUAACGACGCACGUGACCUUACCCGUCCAAUCUAUUCAACCCCAUCUAUUUCCGGUGAUCGUGGAAACCCACAGGUGACGUCGUCGCUGAUAGAAGAAACAAUCGCAGCAGUGGCUUCAAACUUCAACAAAUCCUCCCCCGAUGGAGGCAUCAUGCCGGGACCUCUGCCCCCCAACUCAUUGAUGGGGCUUGGGGUCUUAGGACUCGCCCGUUCCAACAGCACCAUGUCUCACCUGGGUCACGGAGGCGAUGAUUCGUUGGCCGAUCUUGUAGGCCGACAUCACACUCACAGCAUACCGUUGCUUUCGGAACGGGCCAGCCAUUCUUUGUCCGGUCUGAUGGACGAGCACUCGAUAAACCACUCGAUAAACCACGCGAUGAACCAUGCACAAGGACACGGAGGCGGCCAGGUCCGGGAGCUGGAGAAGACGCACCCAUGCCUGACUUGUCUGAAGAUGUUCCGUAGCAAACAGCAGCUGGCUCAGCACAGCCUGGUGCACACUGGUAUACGGAAGCACAUCUGUUCGUUCUGUGACCGGGCAUUUAAGCAGCUUUCUCACUUACAGCAGCAUGUGCGCAUUCAUACAGGGGAACGCAAGUACGUUUGCCAGAUAUGCAAUCGAGCUUUUAAGCAAAUGACCCACCUGCAGCAACAUCAUAUCAUCCACACGGGAGAACGGAAGUACGUGUGCCAGGUAUGCAGUCGAGCGUUUAAACAAAUGACCCAUCUUCAGCAGCACCUUAGAAUCCACACAGGAGAGCGCAAGUACAUAUGCCAGAUAUGCAAUCGAGCAUUUAAGCAAUUGACCCAUUUGCAGAAGCACCACGUAAUUCAUACGGGAGAGCGCAAGUAUGUGUGCCAGAUAUGCAACCAUGCGUUUAAGCAGUUGACCCACUUGCAACAGCACCAUAAAAUACAUACGGGAGAGCGCAAGUACAUCUGCCAGUGCUGUGACAGGGCGUUCAAGCAGCUGACACACCUGCAGCAGCACUACAGGAUACACACAG